CUUCUCUUCGUCAGAGUCACAGAGCGGUGCGAGUGCGGAGCUUGAUAGGGAUCAAUUCAUAUGAAAGUUCCAUCUUCAUCUAAUAUGUUUCAAAUUUCACAAUAUGGCUAUGGCGUUUUUGUGUUGGUGGUUUAUUUUUUUGUGUUGGUGGUUUAUAAAGCAUCCUCUUCCCAACCUGAUUGUAUGGGUGUUUGUGAGAACUCCCAAGGAAAGGAUGCAACAGAUAUGCCACUUUGUGUGGAUGAAAAAUGGCAUGAACGCUUCUGCACUUAUCAAAUAUCCAGUCUUACACGGACGUGUACUUUAAUAAUGGAAAUAAGUCACAUCCAGCAGUGCAUCGAUUUACACUCAAGACAGGUGUCAUUUUCAUUCACAUGGAACACAACCUGCAAACUUCCUGACUUGUCUGGAUUUUCAGAUUGUGCCAUCAACAUCAAGCUGCCAUAUGUUGACAACUGCAAAGACAGACAUCUAAUACAAUGUGUGGAUCAAUGGACCUUUAUUAAAAUGACAAAUCAGUCCACUACUAGUCAGGCAACUACUAUUAGAAUUGAAAAUAAAGUCACGACCAAAACCUCACACAUUUCGAGAGAAUGUGAUUCUGAAAACUUUGGACUGACUCAUGCAAAUAAUAACCUGACCUCUGUUGAUGCAUUUGUCAGAAAUUGUAAAAGAAAGGCAAAACCAAUAAUGACUGGUCAGCAGUUACGUUCCAUAAAAAACAUAUUUCACAACAUUACCAAGCAGGGACCUCAGAGAGUGAUUCUUGACAGCAUCAAAGGUUCAGUGACAUCACAUCAGAAGAACAAUUUGCUAAACUUUAGAAUGGCUCUACCCUCCACCAAUAAUGCCACGUUGGAGAAGAUGGAUGACAUUUGGUUGGAGAUUCCUACUGAGGCCUUACGUGUUUUCCUGGGAGACACUGCAGAGGAAGUUAACCUGGGAGUAUUUUGGUUUGAGAAUGACAGCCUGUUCCCGGUGGAGGAGAACAACACUGAGCUCCUAAACAGUCGAGUGGUAUCCGUCGAUGUGGGAGAGGACAUCUCAGGCCUCAGUAACUAUCUUAAGAUCACGUUCCUCUUCCAGAAUGUAUCAGUGGAAAACAAAUCACUAGCAUGUGUGUUCUGGGAUCUUGAAAAUGAUACUGUUGCACAUUGGAAUUCCUCUGGAUGUGUCACUGAGACAAAGGAAAAUGAAACAGUGUGCUCUUGUAACCACCUUUCAUUCUUCGCUGUACUUAUGUCUCCGGUCAGUGGCUCCAGUGCCAGUCUGAGCUCCUCCUCUGUGUGGUUGCUGACGUUGUUGUCCAGGGUGGGCUGUGGAAUAUCCCUCUGUUUCCUGUGUCUGGCUCUCCUCAUCCACCUCAGAAGGGGAAAAUCUGAUGAUUCCCUGUGCAUCCACAUCCACCUGUGUGUGGCGCUGCUGUGCCUCAACCUAACCUUCCUCAUCAACGACAGCCUAGCCUCCCUUGGUGUCCAUGGCCUGUGUGUUGCUACGGCAGCAGCCACCCACUACUCUCUGCUGUGCACCCUCACCUGGUUCUCCCUGGAAGGUUUCCACCUCUAUCUGCUCAUCAUCCGGGUCUUCAACAUCCACAUCAAGAGAUACCUCCUCAAACUGGGUCUGGUAGGAUGGGGUGAGUGCAGAAUACCUGGCAUAGUAGUUACCAUAAUUGUUGCUUGUGGCAAAUAUGGAGAAUACAGAAUAUACCAGCAAGACGGUGUUGCUAUUCAAAUGUGCUGGCUGACUGACUCUGCUCUGACCACGGUGUCCUUCUCGUACUUUGUGCUGACAUUCGCGGUGAACAUGCUGUGCUUUGGGUCUGUGACAGUGAAGGUGGUGAGGGCCCACCGUCAGAGUCCUGUCCUGAGGGAGAGGGGUAUGAACAGGGGGACAGUACUCAGUCUGCUGGGUCUGGCCUGGCUCCUGGGGGUCUCCUGGGGGGUCCUGCUCUUCCAGUUUGGCCCCCUGAGGGAGACAGCCUUCUACAUCUUCUGCACCAUCAACUCUCUCCAUGGCCUCUUCCUCUUUCUACGCUAUUGGGCUUUAACUCGGCCAGAGAAGGCAUCUAUCUCCAAGGCAACCACUGGAUCUUCUUGAACUGAGAUGCAACCAGCCUUAUAGGCCAGUCCCUGACUAACACGGUUAAACAUUUUACUACUAAUACCACUGCAUUACCACAGAAGCACAAUAUUUAGUAUGUUGGUUUAUAACUUUCACGAUAGGCAAACCUAGGUUUCCAGGUUUGCUCGUAAACUUACUGUGUAUUUUGUGACAUAUCUUCCAUGCAUAUUCAGUUUUGAUGUGUAUAGUCCUAGGCAAACAGGGAACACAUCUAUUAGGUUCAAAUGAUGUUCAUCUCUGAAAAUAAUCAAAUACGUUUGGAUACCUAAUCGAUCAGUCGCUGUCGUACACGAGGGUAAGAUGAUGUGGUCGACUGUGAAUUGGUGCCUUUCUGUUUCUUUGACUGUUAUCAAAAACCCUCUGAAAGAUAUGCUCUUUUUUAGUCCAUCUAACAUUUUGGAGAAUUUUAAUUCCCUUUUGGUUUUUGCAGAAAAGGCGUACAGUAUAUAACCUCCUAGCCUAUGGGCUACCUGAGAGAACAUUAGGCCUACAAGUAGAUAGUACCUUAGCAUAACACCAUAUUUGCAGGGAUGGGAAAACAUUGUUUAGAAAUGAACAUUUUUAGAUUGUGUAAACUUUAUUCUUUGUUUAAAUCAUUUGUGUAAAUAAUUAUUCCAUAAGAAUUUGAAAGGGGGAGAUGCCCCACAAGCCUCUGGGGUUUUCUACCUCUUCUGCACAUGCUGUUUUUGUUCUCCUUUUACUUUGUGAUCAUAUAGUUUUGGAUUUUCUUGUGCCAUUUAAAAAAAAAGGAAAUAGAUAUCUUAGAGGCCCUACUGUGUCAUUGAUAUUGAGGGGGUUCAAUUGAAACCUAUGACUACUUUCUCCCCUCCCAAACAUCGAAGUCAUUGUGGAAAUAUACUGCUGCCUUUUGGAAGACGAGGUUCAGUGUGAAAAAGGUUCAGUGUGUACAGAAAAAGAAUGAAGAAACCCAAACUGAGCAAAGAGGAGCUACAAUCUCUGAAAAAAGCUACAGACAGAAGCAACCAUUCCAAUUCGACAGGCGAAUCUCGUACACAAUUGAUUGUGAUGAACUGUCUUUUGCUGGUCAUCAUUCUCCCGUCGACAUUCAGAAAGUAUUUAUACCUUUUGACUUAUUUUACAUUUUGUUGUGUUACAUCCUGAAUUCAAAAUGUAUUAAAUGUGGGGGACAAAUUCACCCAUCUACCAAAUAAUGAGAGUAAAAAAAAUGUCUUUAGAACAUUUUGCAAAUGUUUCGAAAAUUAAAUACAGAAAUAUCUCAUUUACACAGGUGUGCAACAUUGCUACACACUCUAAUAUGACCCGUGGUCCUUCUAGCAGUCUCGAAGGACAAAAUGCCCACAGUCAUCAGGAGGCUGAAGAAAUUUGGCUUGGCACCUUAAAACCCUUUAACAGAUGCACAAUUGAGAGCAUCCUGUCGGGCUGUAUCACCGCCUGGUAUGGCAACUGCACUGCCAACAACCGCAGGGCUCUCCAGAGAGUGGUCCGGUUCGCCCAACGCAUCAUAAUAUAUACAUGUACAUAUUACCUCAAUCAGCCUGACUAACCAGUGUCUGUAUGUAGCCUCACUAAUUUUAUAGCCUCGCUCCUGUAUAUAGCCUGUCUUUUUACUGUUGUAUUAUUUCUUUACUUACCUAUUGUUCACCUAAUACCUUUUUUGCACUAUUGGUUAGAGCCUGUAAGUAAGCAUUUCACUGUAAGGUCUACACCUGUUGUAUUUGGCGCACGUGACAAAUAAACUUUGAUUUGAUUUGAAA